UGAAUUUUGAAAAGAAAGCAACUUUGAAUUUGGCCGCCUGUUGAGAGAUUGGCGCAGAUGGAGGCCACAUAGGGCAUUGAGCACAUGCAUUUCUUAAAAUCAGCAGGUCAACCAGCUGAUUUUCGUGCAGCAGUACAAUCUACUAGGUACUAAAAGCUGGAAGUUGUGGCUCAGGCGCUUUCCUGGGUUCUUCAAUGAGCAUGGCGACCUCAUCAGUUGUGUUCAACUGUGGGCGACAAAUAGGGCGACUGAUUGAGUACAGAAGCCUGGAGGGGCAGGACUGUUGUGCUUCAGUGCAAUGCGAAGCUCUUAUCAGGAAGGUGUUCAGGCAGCGGAGUCAGCAGCUGCCAAUGCGAAAGGCGUCUCAACAGCAACGCUUGGAACGAGGUCAUGAACGGUGUCAGCGACGAAGAAAUUGGUGUGCGGCUGCGAAGCAAGACAACAGUGAUGCGGAGUCUGGGGGCCGCAUGGGGUCUGGCUCAGAGCCAGCUUCUGAUGAGGACGCGCCCCCGAUUCUCAAAGCCGACUGGCGCACCUUUCGCGCCCAGCUAGUCGCGCAAGAACACCAGGCCAAAGCACAGACUAGCCCGGCCCCAACGACUCUGUCCGUUUCGGACCCGUCGGACGACGAGCCACCACAGGCCGUCCGAAUCCAGGGACGGGAGUGGGCGCACGCGAUCGAGGAGCCGGAGAAAGGCUGCCUCUUGCUGGCGUCGACGAUCCUGGACGGGGACGACUACUUUGACAGGAGCGUCAUUCUGGUGCUUGACCAUUCAGACGAGGGCACAUUCGGCAUCAUCCUGAACCACGCCAUGCCCUUCACUUUCGAAAAAGUGCCGCGCCUCCCGCUGCCCUUUCAGAAGCGCUUUGGAAAUGAGCGCGUCUACCUAGGUGGCCCCAUCAGCCAGGGCAAGAUCUUCGCGGUCUCGGGCGAGACCAAUGUCGAGGGGUUCGAGGAGGUAGUCCCUGGUGUGUUUUUCGGGGAGCCGGCAGCGUGCUGGCGUCUUUCGGACCUCAUCGCGGCUGGGAAGGCCAAAGCGUCCAGCUUCCGCUUCUGUGUUGGUUACGCCGGGUGGGGUCGGGGACAAUUGGCCCGGGAGCUUCGUGAGGGAACCUGGCAGUUGGCGGCGUGCAGCGCUGACAUCAUCACGCACCCCCUGAGCCUCGAGCAAGCCGAGGGGACCAUAAGCCGGCGGUCAGGGGUGGUGCUAUGGGAGCAGGUUCACGAGCUUAUGGGAGGCCCGUAUGCUGACAUCAGCCGGAAAUCGAAGCGCGACAGAGGGGGUGUCUGAGCUAGGGUUGAUGAGAGGGUAGCCGCACUCUGAAGUUGAGUCUUUGCAGAUAUAGUUGACGUAGACCACAUGGAAGAGAUCAGUUCAGAAGAUCCACGGACGUGCAUGUUUUGCAGACGGAGACUGCUUGCUUUUGUAUAUAGAUAAAACAGCAGCUUGUGGUCUAGAAGGACGGUUGCCGGGACUUUCUCACUGUACAAAGUGUUUGGGGGCCUCUGCGGGAUGCAUAGAUUGUUAGACUAGGGCCCAGGAAGAGGCCAAACUUUAUGGCGAACAUGUAUAGGUUUUCAUAUUGAUGGACGAAUCGUAUCUUGCGGCCGCAUAACUUCAAAGCAGGUCACCUUGCGAUUUUGGACCGAGUCCUUGUGUUUGAAUUAAGCAGAGUUGGGUUGCCUUCGGGGUCUACGGUCGCUUCUGACUCAAUUGGAAAUGCCAGAGUAUUCACUGACAGUCCAUGUAAAGCCUG